CGGAAGUGACGCCGUUAUAACUGUUUUCCUUAACAACGUCGCUUGAGCAACCUUAUUUUUUUCUUUAAUUUAAAAAUAAAAAGGAAAUAAACCCAAAUGGCGACUGUUUUGCACGGCCGUCGAAGGGGCACAAUGCGAGCCACUCCCGAGGCCCAAGUACCAAUGCCAGAACAGCCUGACCUCCGACAAGUCACUAUUCUGUCCAAGACCGACUGGGCAAGGAUCCAACAACAGUUAAACAGAAAACAGAUAGAGGAAGAGCGGCAACGUAAACUCAAACAGGAAAGGGAUGAUCGCAAAAACAAAUCCAAGGAAGUCGUUCAACACUGGGGAAACACAAUUGCUGGUCAGCGACAGCGCAAACUUGAGGCUCGUCGGCUUCGCGAGGAGAAGGAGGAAGCAGAGCGUGUCCAGGUUGACCUUGGGGAAGCCAAAUACCAGGCUCAACAGAGGAAGGAGGCCAUCGACAAGGCGAAGACACAGCAAUAUUACCAGACUGACAGGGUCAAGGGAUUCCAUAGUGCUCUGAUGUUGACGGAGGUGUUGAAGGAGCGGGAAGCACAGCUGGAGCUGAAGAGACUCAAGGAGGCUGCUUCACAUGGCAAGGAUAAGGCAUGGUUGGACCAGGCUCAGCGUGAAUACGAGGAGGCUAUUCAACAGGACCAGGUUCGUGCUGCUGAGAGAAUCAUCAAUGCCAAGGAUAACCAGGGUUUCCUCAAGGCACAGAUACGUGACCAUCACCAGACUGCGGAGCAUGUGCGCACGGAGGAUCAGGUGGAGGGUGAAGAGCUCCAGAAACUUGCGCUCGCCAACAAGCUUGAGAAGGAAAGGCUCGAGAUCAUACGGCGUGACGAGAAAGAGCAGCUCAUGCAGGAAAACCGGCGACAGAUCCAGGAGAGGAUUGCCCUCCGUAAACUACAGGAGAACCAGGAAGAUGAGGAGGACGAAGAGUGUCGGGUGUUUGCCGCAGCUAAGAGGAAGAUGAUGAAGCUGAGGGCUGAGAAGGAGAAACAGCUCCACAAUGAGAAGCAGCAGACAUUGGAAGCCAUCCGCGAGAAGCUUGGUGCCCAGCUCAAACAGAAGCUUGAUGAUGAGGACGUGAGGAUACUGGAAGCUGUGCGGGAGGCAGAGGAGAAGCGUGCCAAGGAGGAGGCGGAGAAGGACGCCAAAAUGUCCAAGGUCAUCCGAGAACAGGCGGAGCACAGGAAUAUGCAGAUGCGUGAAGGGGAGCAGAAGAAGAAAGAAGAACGUCGCCAGGAGCUGGAGACUAUCCGUAUACGCCAGGCUGCGGAUGAAAUAUUCCGCCGUAAUGAGGAAGAGAAGCGCACGAGGAGAUUUGAUGAGGCGCGCGGGCUUGCCAGGUUCCACCUCGACCAGUCUGAUACACGUAAAACAAAGGAGGAGAUAGAGAAAGAACAGGCCCUGGCUCUGGAUGCUGCCAAUGUGCAGCUACUGAAUCUUGAGGAGCAACAGUUCCAGGAAUAUGCCUCCAAGGUAAUUGAGCACUGUGAUAAGGGAGGCAGGAAUACCUACCCACUCCGUAAGGCGGCGGCCCCGGGGCACGGAGGGGGGCAGGGACCGGUAUUCAAUGGGAAGGGUGGAAUACGACCCUCAUACAUGGUCAUGGACAAGACGGGCAAACAGAUGCCUCACUAUCAGCGCAGCUCCACCGAUGAAACAAAGGCAAACAUUCACGACGUACAGACCAAGAAGCGAAUGGGAUUUGUUUGGUAGAGAAGUUGAUCUUGGACGAUGAUUUCCAACCAACAGGAUUAUUUUAACACUCAUUACAAAUAUCCAAAGAGUUGAAGUGAAAUAUAUUUGAAAAAUUAACUAAUAAAUUUAAAUAAAUUAGUCGGGUUACAAAGAAAUUGUUAAUAUAAGUGAAUAAAAAUAUUAAAAGAUUUAAACCCGAAGUAGUAUAUUUUUAAGAACAUUCAACAUUGAAGUGUUACUUUCGGUUCUGAAGAUUAUACUGAAAAUUGUUAUGCAAUGAUUUUUAGUGUGGAUUAUCAGAACAUAAGCGAAAGCAGCUCUUUUUUAUGCUGUGUUCAUACACAAUGACACACUGAAGAAAGUAAUGGAUAUUGAAUAUCUUUAACCAUUAUGAUGAAACUACAUUGUCUUUAUUAUCAAUAUUGAUUAACACAGGUAUACAUGUAAUAAUGCUGUGGAAACGUGAUCAUAUUUAUAUGUUUCUGACUGUGUUAUUUUAUAAACUCAUUUUAUCAUAUACUAGAAUACUAUUAAGGAGUUAAGUUUGUGUAGAUACAUUUGUUUUGUUGAUCAUGUUUUCUAUUGUCAUCCUUUGUAACAAACAGUAUACAAUUUAAAGUGAAUGUGCAUUUAAUGUUAUUCCAUGAAUCAAGUAUUUUUUUCCAGUCAGUAUUUGCAAUUGGUAUAAAGAGAAUAUGAAUUGUUUUUGAAGAUGUCUCCUCACAGAUUACCUGCUUGGUAAUUUUACAUGUUGUAAUUUACAAUUUUUUUAUACGUUUCUUUUGAUGGUUAAAUGUAUUUAGAAAAGAAUAUCUGACAAAAGUUAUCACCAGUAGAAGUAGAACAGAAAAUAAGUGUUAAAUGCCAUUAUUUUUACCAUACAUGUAUGAUGAACAUGUACAUUUGAAAGCUCUAUGGACAUUACUUAUUCUUAAGAACAAGUAUUGACUUUUAUUCUGCGUGUUCUGUUGUUGAGUGUAUAAUUAUUAACUGUGAUAAUGUUUUACAUUGAUUGAGAACCCACCUGUUUUAUGGUACAUGCUCUUACAGAAAUAAAACAUUCUGUUAAAUGUUCAA